UUUGGUUGCUGGACAGCUAUGGCCUUUGGCAUGUUGGUCCAGUGCACCUGUGCUUCGUGCAUGGGAAAGAAGUUUCUUUAGGUUCUGAUGGCUAGCCAUGUGUCCGUGGAUUCUAAUGUACGUGGCAUCUCUUCCUAGAACUCUCUCUCUAUAUAUAUAGGACGUGCAGCCAUCUGUCUUCUGUGGAACAAGGAAGUUGUCAAAAAGGCUUGGAAAACCGAAGAUAGAAGGGUGCUGAACUGAGGUUUUAGAAUGGCGAGUGCGAAGGCAAUGGGGCAAAUGGAGCAGGAUCACUUUGUUCUGAAGAGCGGGCACACCAUCCCAGCCGUUGGGCUAGGGACUUGGAGAGCCGGCUCAGAUACCGCUCACUCCGUUCAGGCAGCCAUCACCGAGGCUGGAUAUAGGCACGUGGACACAGCUGCUCAGUACGGAAUAGAGAAGGAGGUCGGCAAAGGACUUAAAGCUGCAAUGGAGGUUGGGAUCAACAGGAAAGAUUUGUUUGUAACGUCCAAACUAUGGUGCACAAACUUGGUUCCCGAGAAGGUUCGUCCAGCACUACAGAACACACUCAAGGAUUUACAGUUGGACUAUCUUGAUCUUUACCUUAUCCAUUGGCCGUUCCGACUAAAAGAUGGGGCACAUAUGCCCCCAGAAGUUGGGGAAGUGCUGGAAUUUGACAUGGAAGGAGUAUGGAGGGAAAUGGAAGACCUUGUGAAAGACGGACUUGUUAAGGACAUCGGUGUUUGCAAUUAUACAGUUACCAAACUCAACCGGCUGAUGCGGUCAGCAAAUGUUCCACCAGCAGUAUGCCAGAUGGAAAUGCAUCCUGGUUGGAAGAACGAUAAGAUUUUUGAGGCCUGCAAGAGGCAUGGGAUUCAUGUCACUGCUUACUCCCCACUGGGUUCUUCAGAAAAGAACCUAGCGCAUGAUCCGGUUGUUGAAAAGGUAGCCAACAAACUGAACAAGACCUCCGCGCAGGUGCUUAUCAAGUGGGCUCUCCAAAGGGUAACUAGCGUUAUUCCCAAAUCAACCAAAGAUGAAAGGAUCAAGGAGAAUAUUCAGGUGUUCGGAUGGGAUAUCCCUGACGAGGACUUCAAGGUCUUGUGCAGCAUCAAAGAUGAGAAGCGAGUCCUGACCGGAGAGGAGCUCUUCGUGAACAAGACUCACGGGCCAUACAAGAGCGCAUCUGAGCUUUGGGACUACGAGGACUGAGCUGCUGUCCCAUCAGAUCGCGCCACCUGACGAACCAAAUAAACGAUGCUGAUGCUGAUGUGCAACAGCGCAAAGCAGCAUGCUCCUCCCGUACUUUGUGAAACCGGCUCCGCAUGAGAUGCAAUGCAAGAGUGUAUGCAAAACCCGUCCUGUACUCUACUGUACAAUAAACUGAAUAGAAAUGGCGCUGCGGUUUGCCAUUACCUUU